GACGUUAAAAAAUAGCGGACUCAUUUUAUGUGUUUCAAAAGCGGGCGCGCGCGUCGGUAGAAUAAAACUCAAUCGUAUCGGUAGUGAGUGAAGCGAGUGAACUUGUGGGUGGUGCUGGCGCGUAGACGACGACCGUCAGACGCACGGUUGGUUGUGAAGAUCGAUUAUGUAUGAGACGGCCAUUUGCAUAAAAAAAUAUUUAAUUUGGAAAUGAAUUAUAUUUUACACCUGUUUAAAGUAUAAGUGAUAUUGAACUUGAAACGUAAUAUAUUAUUAUUAGGUGCAAAGUUUGCCCAUACAAUUCAAUAAGUCUGCUUACCGACUUUCGAAAAAUAAAUCGAAUAAGUUUUUAUUACAUAUAUUUAGAAAAUAAAACUGCUCGCUCAAUAUGAAAAACAUACAUUUCCACAUAGUGACGAAAGUGUUGCUGCUCAGCUUUAUUUUCACAACCACACAGAUAUCCGCAACGGCGUCACAAACACCUGAAGUGGAAGAAGACUGUCCGCCUAUUUCAAAUGCCACAAAUUUACAACAAACGCAACUUAUCCAGCGAUUAACCCACGUUUGUCGUUACGAUCGCCUAGAGCGACCAAUUGAAUAUGGGAAAAAUGGCGAACGUCUGCCCGUUACUGUUAAGGCGCGCAUUUACGUGUACUUCCUACAAAACCUCAAUUCGGAUUUACUGCAAUUCAAAAUGCAUGCCCUACUACAAUUAAGCUUUAACGAUAGCCGUCUUUCUUACAAGGAGUUGAAGCGAAAUGACAACAUCAUCGGACAGAAACAUCUGAGCGAGCGAUUAUGGUUACCUCACAUAUUCUUCGCCAACGAACGCGACUCCAGCAUAUUGGGUACAGAUGAGAAGGACGUGCUGACGUCAAUAUCACCUGAAGGUCGAGUGGUGAUAUCACAACGCCUACAGGCGACUCUCUAUUGUUAUAUGAAUUUCAAGAAGUUUCCAUUCGAUGAGCAAUUCUGUUCGACUGUGUUGGAAAGCUGGAUGUACAACAAAACAGAAAUGGUACUCGAAUGGGAAUCCUAUUCGCCGAUCUCAUUUGAUCCAGAAAUGCAUCUCACCGAAUAUAAUAUGCAACGUUUUUGGUAUAAUGAAUCAAUUGUGAACUCGAAUGGCAUAAAUUUGCGACAUGGUUCCUUUGUCGGCAAUUACAGUUCACUAAGUUUUACCGUUCAUCUUAAUCGUGAGAUCGGUUUCUAUCUAUUGGACUAUUUUUUGCCCUCAAUGAUGAUCGUUGCCAUUUCAUGGGUCUCAUUCUGGCUGCAAGCUGACCAAUCGCCACCGCGUAUUAUGUUGGGCACUAGCACCAUGCUAUCAUUCAUUACCUUGUCUUCCUCGCAGACUAAAACUUUGCCCAAAGUCAGUUACAUAAAGGUAUCUGAAAUUUGGUUCCUUGGUUGCACUUUCUUCAUCUUCGGAAGUAUGGUGGAAUUCGCAUUCGUCAAUACCAUUUGGAGACGCAAAGAGAAUGUUGAGUUGAAGAAGGUGAAUAGUAAAUACAUUGUGAAGGCAUCGUUAACACCGCGUCCGACACGGCGUGAUAUAAAUAAGAACAAUCUUUCGCGAACGCGUUCUUGUUCCAGUCUAGAUAAUAUUACAUCAAGCACGGAAAGUGUAUUGAAGGGUCAUUCCAAUCCAGGUUACAACAAUUACUUAACUGUACAUAACUUACCUAUAAUUACCACCGAGUGUGCGGACACAGCUUCCGUGACGAGUGACCGUAACAGCAAUUGUACCGAUCAUGUUGUUAAUAUAGAGAAGGAUGGACACUUUGGAAUGAAUGGUAGCAAGGAUCAAGAACUUGCUGAUCACACCACAUUUACAACAAUGACACCGCAAGAGAUUGCCAUGUGGAUCGACAGACGUUCCCGAUUUCUAUUCCCAGUCAUGUUUCUGGCUUUCAAUGCGCUCUACUGGACGUUUGUUUAUUGCUUUUGAUGCUGUCUAACGAAGUUGUCUCGAAACAAAGUUGAUAAGAGGAUUCUAGUAUUAUUUAUGAAUUAAGAAAACGCAUACAUUUUUUACUACACAGUCUACACGAAUAUCAUAUAUUUACGCCAAAAAGUAUUUUUAAGCUAGAUUUAAAAAAAAAUAUAUUUAUGUAUUGUACAUAUAAAAGGUAUCUUAUUAAAUAUGCUCAGCAAGGUCUUUCACGCGAUUUUUAUGUCCGCAAAACUAGUCACUAAGUCUAUGACAGAACACAUACACAUAUAUAAGUCACAUGCAUCUAUACUAAUUUAGAAUAUACUGUAAGAAAGACAUUCUAAAGAAAGACAUAGUAAGGUAAAACCGCUGAGAGUCACUUGUAUCGUAUUGGCGUUUUCAAAGCAUUUAGUCUCACACUCUGAUUUUCUUGUUUGUUUUGGUUUGAUUCUUUCAUUCAAAUAAAUUGGAAAUCAAAAAUAUUUGUAUAAAAAUUGUAUUUUCUAUGCCGUUAAAACGCGUAAAAUUCUGCUUAAAGCAAAAAAAACCUCUACUUUCAUAUAAAUGGAUGUGCAUAAUUACGUAAAUAAUUGACGAGUGCCGUAGGUACAGCCGAAUACUUUUGCCACGUCUGUACUCCAAAGAAUGUAUGCUUCAAUGUUCACUCAUACAAGGCACUUCGCCAGCUUUCAAUAAAACCAGUUAUUUCCUGUGCGCUUACAUUCAAAUACCGCCAAAUUCUUUGGUCACAUCUUCGCUCCUGUGCACUUAUUGGAAAAUUUAUUUAUGUAAAAGAAAUUUCAAAUGACCCGCCUAGAACUUAUUUUAAAAUAAAACACCCUAAAAUAUAGAGUAUAUUUUAAUUUUUUUUUCUUUCUAUUCAAAUUACAGUUCUUAACAAUUAUAUGUGUAAAAUGGCAUCAUUUAAAUGUCCACCAUGAGCACUCCUAGAUAUAAAAUGCAAGAAAUAAUCGAUUUAUGAAUGCCUAAUUGUUGAGAACGUCGAGAUAUCAAUGUUGAAGGUUGUUCAGCAACUCUUUGCCCUACAGCAGCAAUAUGAACCAACCUCUGCCAGUUUUCUAUACUCGACAGAACCAAUUUCUUGAAAUGCUUUCAUCAACCUUUAUAUUGUCGACUCAUUCGGACGGCUAUUCCUGCCAAAAAAAUGAUGGAUUUUGAGAUAUGUUGUUCUUAAAGCAUUUGCUCGUUUUCAUAAUAAGUUUCCAUAAUUUUAACGCGUUGCUCUCAUGUAAAAUUGUGCAUCUGUCUAGUUGAGAAAGGUCAAAGACAUAAAAAAGGUACCGUCUAGUCACUGAAAUCUAAGCAUCACUUUUGAAAGAUGCUUUUUAUACACAUAUAAAGAACGUUAAGUAUCCUAAUGGGAAAUAAAACAAAUGGUUUUGGUAGAAGUAAUUUUCUUAUUUUAUUCGUUUGGAAAAGGUAUGCAUAUGUAGACUCAAUCUCAAGAACAAAUCUUAUAUUUUAAAUUGAAUGUUUAUAUUUAUAUUAUGAUGCUUUGUUAUUACGCGAGAUUUACAUACUUAAAAAAAAAUCAUGGUCGACGAAUUGAGAGAACGGUUCUACCUUACUAAGCUUUUAUCAUGAUUCUACGAAUACUUUAACCACUGUGCGCCUAUAUGUACAGGCGCAGCGCAAAGAUUUUACAAUUUUUACACAUGUCAUUUUAUCUAAAAUAAAUAAAUGUUACUUUUUUAAGAAACUUAUUUAUGUAUGACUAAUGGAAUGUCUUCUUGAUUUCUGAACGUUAAGGUCGUGCAGAAAAACAUGUGUCACACUUUAAUGGCUUGGAAAGUUUUCACAUCCCUUAUCACCAAGUCAUUUUGUUGUUGUUGGCAUGUGAUGAUUCAAAAAAUUACUCAUCAAAGCCAUUGAAAAACAGAAAAAGGGUUCUAAAUUUCAU